CGAGAACUCAGCGCAACGCCGGAAACCGUAUCGCAAGCCGAUUUCACCGGCGCAACUUUUCUUUUUUUGUUCAGUCAGUCGGAUCGGCGCGCCGUAGCGAGGCGGGCGGUGCAAUGGCGUCUCACUUCAGAAUCCAGAAGCCAUACGAGCUGACCUCGCUCCCCAAGACGCUAGACCAGACGGUCAACACCUAUGCGGUUGGAGAAGUGUUCGGCCAGGCCCAAGGGUCCAAGAAACGAAAGCGCCCGGAGCUGGCUGUUGGCAUCAACGGCGAGGCGCUGAACAUAUAUGAUGCCCCUUCGUCGAGACUGAUCACCUCAUAUCCCGUCCCCCCGCAAGCUUCCUUCAGCUGCCCACCCCUGUCGCUGAGAUAUAAGACUUCCGACAAAAAUAUCACGAGAUACACCUACGCUUCCACCUUGGAGCCAAGGCCCAAGCUCUCGCUGUACAAGGAUGCCCUCGGGGCUGCCGGGGGCAGCGCUUCGACUAGUGUCUCCCAUCCUCUUCCUCGAUCGUGCCGUAUCGUCCACCUUGCUUCGACAUCCGCCGCAAAAUCCGUCCCCUCUCAUCCAGACCUCAUUGCCGUCGCCAAGACAGGCGCCGUCUCCUGUUUUGAUGGCGAAUCGCUCGAGGAGAGGUGGUCGGCAACUCCUGCGGCGCUCAAGCAGGACACGGGGCUGACUGCCUCGGCAGAGUUGCGCAUCGAUCUUGCGCAAUUAGCUUCCGUUGCCGACGUUGUGCGCGGCCUGUUUGGGGGGAAAGACGACUUAGUGAAGCUCUUUUUGCCAAACACUGCAGAAGAUGUCGAGAAUGCCGACCUCUUGGUUCUGCUCUCGACGGCAUCAGUGGCCGACAAGGAGGUCCGCCAUGUUCACGUCGCUGCGAUUCCGCCACCAACCCACGGCAGCACGGGUGGCAGCCAGGGUGUCAUACAGAUUUUUGCCGCGCCCCUCCCUGCACGAGCAUCGAGCUCCGAAGAGCCCCCCAUCUACCGUUUCGACCUCGCGUCUGGCUCCGUCACUGAGCUUUGCGCCGAGACGGUUACGACUUAUGACAUCUCGUCCGCUGUCCCUCGAGCCGAGAGCGAGCUGCAUAUCCCAGGCGCACGCUCGUUCCUGCGAAUUUCCAAGACCUCCAUCCUCACUGCUACGGAAACGGACCUCGCCAUAUACAACCCGCUCUACCGCUCACUACAGGCUUCACUCCCCGUAGAGGCUGCGCCAAAACAGGCGGGCACGUACAAGCUCGUCGCAUACUUUGCCCGCCUCGAGAUGGUGGUAGCACUUUUCGGGGCUUCGCUGGUGGCGAUCCAGUUGGAGGCGCCCAAGAGCAGAUCGAAGAAGCGCCGAGCGGAGGGACUUCUCAUCGACUCCAUCGGACGUGGACUGGUGGCGCCGGUGAAGAUCAGCAAGCCUUCUGAGAAGUUCGAAGCCACGGGCUUCUCAACAUUCACCCCGCCCCCUCUCGAGAGUGUCUAUGGACUAGGGUCCUGGAUGGACGACGCCAAGCAAGCCGAAGAUUCCAUGGAGUCCGGCGAAUACGAUGAUUUCGAAAAGUUCAUGGCCUUUUCAUUCGAGGUUCACUGCGUGGAUGACGCGGAACAUGGUGGCGCCGAGGGUGUGGCCAUGGACAUUGACGAGCCAAAGGCCAAUGGCGUCGCAUCUGGGCCGCGCCGUGUCACAGGACCAAAUGGAGAUUCCUACUGGGCCGUCAACGGGCGCGCACUCCCGAUCUGGAGCUUUCCGGAUCAACUCAAACAAGCCGACCGACGCAUGGUUAUGUACAGCAUACAGCGAGCGUUCACCGUCGUCAAUGACGGAGUCUCCAACCUGCUAGGUUGGCGGCUACGCUGCCGGCUUCCCUGGAGCGGUGUGCUUCAGUACCAGGCUCUGGCUGGUCACCUCACGAUCCCCAACGUACAAGCGGCCCUCGAGUCGGAGCAUCCUGACCUUGAAGGUUCAGAAAACGUGCUGGCGGAGCAGCUUCCCUUGAUCCUGGCCGAGGUCGAUCCAACACUCGGGCUGCUUCUCACUUGGCUGGCCGCCACUGGCCUUGGACCUGUUGAUAUUCUAUCUUCUGUCAAGAUCAUCAUGCGCAGCCUCGAGCUGAUCCAAGACCCGCAGAAGAUGACCAAGAACCUCCUCACAGAUGCUCCUGCCAACGACGCCGAAAACAGCGCGCAGGAGGGUGGAGAAAUCGGCAUGGAGCUCGACCGCCUCGAGGAGCAGCUGAAUCUCACCGAGCACUACCUCGUCGAUGAGUCCAGCAACCGCGCGCGAGGGCUCAGCAUAGCCUUCAACAAACUGGGAGGCUGCCCUCCCUCGGCAAACGUGCGGGCAAUCCAGCAGAUCUUCCGCCCGGAAGAGACGCUUUCCCUGAUAUAUCUACUUCGGAUGGAACUAAACAGGGCCGGCUGGACCAGCCGCUACCUGGACGGUACGCGGCUAGUCGAGAACGACGAGGUGGAAGCCGUUCCGGACAGCAGCAUUCGCUCCAUCGCGGACCUCCUGUGCCAGUGCAUCGACUCAGUGGGGCCGGGCGGUUGGCUCAUCAACGACAUGCUCGCGCUGGUAGGCAGCGGGUCGGGCGACCACGUCGAUGCGGCAGACUUCCUCGGCUCGAUGAAGCUAGAGGUCAGCGUCGCUCUCGAGGGCGUCGAGGAGGCAGUGUACCUACGGGGUAUCCUGACCGAAGUGGUCCGAUAUGGGGCGUCUCUGCCCAAGUCCGGCAGCAGCAAGGACCUUGCAGCGGUGCCGCCAACCAGCCUCUCCUCGGCCCUGCCCCUAGGAUCCAAGACCAGCAAGCAUCAAGUAUCGAAGCGGAAGGUUGUCUCGGGCGGCGAGAUAAAGGAGCGGACGGCGAGAGAGGUUGGUCUGUUGACCAGUAGGAAGGUGGCAGAUUACUCGUUUGAGAGGAUUGUGAUUUAGCAAGGGACUGUUUAUUUGAGGAUAUCACUGUUCGUCCAUUUGUCUACCUCGAAUCAGCCUGCAACCACAACGUAAAAAUGCCAGAUACCACACAAAUUCCUAGGAAAUGGAACUCUAUAUGCUUCG